CUGGAUAAUAUAAAUAAAAUAAUAUCAAUAAAUGUCUUGGAUUCUUUCUUUCGUUUUUGUAACUUUGCUUCUGAAAGCUGUUGCAGGAAUCCAGAGUCACGGUGCUUCUUUCAGUCUUUACAGGAGAACAAGGUUAAGCUUUCAUCAGAAUGUAUGUACGGUGUUGUGGCACGACAGCAGACCAAAAUGAACACCUUGCUAACAGAGUUUUGCUAUUCAUCGUUAUAAAAUACAACUGUGAAUUUAAAGGAAGAACCCAUAUCCAGAAUGGAGAGUGAGAAUCGUUCAGACAUGUCAGUGAGAAUCUUGAAAGUGAGCUCGGGUGGGCAGAGGGGACUCCAACAGUCUGUUUUAAGAUUGUUUUCCUCCACGUCUGACCUUUUCAGUGAGGGGGUUUACAUGGCACAUCACGCUGUGAGGUGAGCGCUUGGAUCACACAAUGAAAGAUGAUCCUUCAGGAGUGACAUUCAGGUUGAAAUGUGAGACUCUGGAGCGGCAGGCUUAAGCAAUCUCUUAGCAAACAGCACCACGGCCCAAAUUCGGCCAGAAAGGAGAGAUCUGAGAGGAGAUCCGUGCUUCCUGAGAGAAGAGCAGCAAGUUAGAGCUGAGGGUUGCUUGAUGGUUCCUGUGUUCCGCGUGUCUGCAUCACAAUAGGCAGGUGUGCCUUGCGCUCCUUCCCAGCCCCCACUCGAGAUAGGUGUGUUGACGCAGUGAGGAGCUGUGUGGGUGGUGUCGGAUUCCUGCUGGCACUGAAAUUUCAAACGAACCAGCAGGCUGUGGGCUAACUAUGGCCAGCGCCGGCUGAGAAUAUCCAUAGGCUUCUGCGUUUUGUGCACAGACGGAUAAGCGAUGAGGCGAGGGAAUAAGUUGGGUGCCACCUGCUUCCUGGUGAUCGCUGGUGUUCUGUUCAGGACUACAGAGACCACUGCUGAGCGCGCCUUCGUCAGUUUGCUCUACUUCAACAGCACCAGCAACAGGUCUGCGUCCGAGCAGUGUGAAUGCGGCCUGUACGGGCUAAACUCUCCUCUGCUGAGUGCUCAGGGCUUCGUGGCCAUUCCCAAAGCCGCCAGUCUUCAAGCCUGCGACUGGAACACCCAGUUCACCGUCACGGAACUGCCGUGGAUCGCGCUGAUUGAAAGAGGCAACUGCACUUUUGCUGAAAAGAUCAAGGUGGCGGCCAGGAGGGGUGCGACGGCAGCUGUGAUCUACAACGCGCCGGCCAAGCGCAGUUACCCCAUCCCCAUGUCCCACAUCGAGCUGAGCUGUACUGUUUGUAUGGAGCAGAAAAUGCCUGGGGAAGGGGUAACCACUGCAGUGCAGCACUUGGAACAAGAGUGUGCUUGGAGGUGAUUUCUCUGUUCGUAU